CUCUAAUAAUACCAGGAGUUGCCAGCACCAAUUAAGACCCAAGAUUAAAGAAAUCAAGAUGGUGAAACUCAGACAUCACACGAUAGGAGAAUGUGAAUUAAAUCAGAACUGCCACAAACUCCACACUUUUGUGACUCAAAGCUGGUAAACAAUUUAUUUCAGGCAGAACCCCCACUCCAAGCAAGAUUCCAAGCCCUCAGGAAUGUUGGGAUCCUCUAUAUAAGCUCCAGUGCCUGGGUCCAUCCAGACACUUCUCACAGAUCAUUCACCUUGUGGAGAUAACCUCAUCUCUCUCACGCCAAAAUGUCCUGCUACGACCUGUGCCCCCCCAGAACCAGCGUGGCUGUGCCCCAGCCCAUCGCUGAGAGCUGCAACGAGCUGUGCGCCCGCCAGUGCCCCGACUCCUCUGCCUUCAUCCAGCCACCACCUGUGGUGGUCACCUUCCCCGGCCCCAUCCUCAGCUCCUUCCCCCAGCAGGCCGUGGUGGGCUCCUCCGGAGCACCGGCCUUUGGCGGCUCCCUGGGGCUGGGCGGCCUCUACGGCGCCGGCGCCACCCAGGCCUCGGGGGGCCUCUGCACCUUUGGCAGAGCCUACGCUGCUCCCGCCUGCAGCCCUUGCGUCCUGCCCCGCUACAGCAAGAAGCUCUGGGACACCUGCGGGCCCUGCUAG